AUGACAGACCUCCCGAAUUUCGGGAUAGCCAAAUUACCAGUUUUGCCCAGAUUUCCGGGGAACAGACCGAGAGCCCGUCAAGUGGGUAGAAUGACAUCGCAACCCUACUACGAGGAGGACAUCUUCCACGGAAGCCAUCGGAAUACGGCGCGGAAACGCAGCCGCCACUGCUUCGUGAUUCGCUCACAAAGGCCUCCGAAGGGCGUGCCUGUCAUAGAUGGGGAAACUCGGUGCUGCUGCACUCCGCCACCGACGGUAAGCCCUUGUCCAUGUCCGCCCACUAAGCCCCGCCAGCGAUGCUGCUGUGCCUCACCAACGGAGCCUGGAAGGCAAAGGGUUUGCUGCUCCUCCGGGAACAAGGCGCAGGGAUGCAUUUGCAACUGCCCUGGCAGCGGGCAUGGCGGACCAGCGGAGCGGAGGAUAAAGGUGUGCCAUCCGGAUGCAUACCCCGUGCCUGAGGUUCUGAAGACGAAGCAGAUGUACCUUCAUCCGUUGGGUGCUAGAUGCAACGGUGAGGAUCGGAGAGUGGAGCAGCCCAGGACGGAGGAGCCAAUUCUCUUACAGCCAGAUCCACAGUCUGAGAUUCCAUACAGCGACUCCAUACGAUCCUUUCAGCCCGCUGUUCACGCGAUAAAUGAAAACUGUCAGGAUCCCAACGAUCCCUAUUAUCCGUAUCCCCCUAGAAGCAGGCGCCUGCAGGAAGUGGAUCCUCUAGUCAACUUCGAUCUGAAUCGCUUCGAUAGGGAUGCUACCCAUCGAGGUGCCGCAGGCAGAAGAAGGAACGUCUCCAUUCGCACCUGCGUCGACUACGACUACGAGCCGGGAUAUUCAGCUCGAGAGAACACAUAUUCAGCUGCAAAUUCUCAGCCAGGAAAUCGACAUCCACAAGCUCACUCCGGACGUGCACGUCCUCAGCCUCCCCCCGUAUAUUUACCUUCAAGAUCCCGACCCCCUCCGGCAUACCAGCCUUUAUAUGAAUCGAACCCUCAUGGUUGUUCGUCCCCUCCCGCAGCAUUCAUACCAAGAACCCGCCCACCCGCAGCAUUCCAGCGGCAAUAUCAUCCCAGGUCUUCUCCGGGAUCAUAUGAAAAUACUGAGAUCGAGUACGUUAAGUGUCCGUAUAGAUGAUGGUCAAACAUAUAUCGAACUAUGAGUGCCCAUUUAGUAGAAAUGCAGCCCUGAAAGUUUGAGAGUCACUGAUAGUGCUGCGCACUGCUCUUUAGUGUUGGAAAGCGCAGGCCGCAGUGCCGAAGAAGAAGACCACGCGUGCAAAACACGCCGCAUUGUAUUGUUUUAUUUCGAUUAUAAUAAAAUAAAUAGAUUAUAAAUA